UCCGCCUUCCGGCCUCUUGGGCGAUCUCAGGCCCAGGCCUUAAUCUCUGCUCAAGGUCUGGGAGGAGAGGAGCCGCAGAUGUCUCCCUAAUGCGACUCAGAGCUGGGGGUGUAGCGCCCCGGCGAGUCACCCUCUGGGACACAGAGCUGUUGCCUCACCCCUCUCGGGCCUUUGUGCCUGCCGUCCAUGGGGCUCGGAGGCCAGUACAGUGGUAGCAGUUGGACUGACCAUUGCUGCUGCAGGAUUUGCAGGCCGUUACGCUUUGCAAGCCAUGAAGCAUAUGGAGCCUCAAGUAAAACAAGUUUUUCAAAGUCUACCAAAAUCUGCCUUCAGUGGUGGCUAUUACAGAGGUGGGUUUGAACCCAAAAUGACAAAACGGGAAGCAGCAUUAAUACUAGGUGUAAGCCCUACUGCCAAUAAGGGAAAAAUAAGAGAUGCUCAUCGACGAAUUAUGCUUUUAAAUCACCCAGACAAGGGAGGAUCUCCUUAUAUAGCAGCCAAAAUCAAUGAAGCUAAAGAUUUACUAGAAGGUCAAGCUAAAAAAUGAAGUAAAUGUAUGAUGAAUUUUAAGUUCCUAUUCAUUUAUGUAUAUGAGUACCAGCUUUUUAUAAUAAAAUGCCUCAAAGCUACACAUUUUAAAAAUUAACAUAAGCUAAAUGAAAGCCUUGGUAUAAAUUUGAGGAUUUAAAAUCGGAUUAUAGAAUAUUUGUAGGUUAAUACUCCAUGAUUAUGGAUAAGUGCAUGCCAUUUGAAGUGUUACUCAUUUGUCAAGUAAUUUGGUACCUAUGUCAAGACAAAGUGAACAAGAUAGUCUCUCUCUGAAGGAAUCCCCAAUCUGAUGGGAGAUUGAUAAACUGAUAAUUAAAAUACAAUGUGAAAAUAAUUAAAAUACAAUGUGAUAAAUAUGAUGGAAUUAGCACAGGUUGUUGUAGUAGGGGCUCAUCUCAUUAAGACAGGUGGCUGUUCAAGGUACAGAGGACUCCCCCAGCCACUUAGAACCUUGAACUUAAAAGUGAAUUUAGGGCUUCCCUGGUGGCGCAGUGGUCGAGAGUCCAUCUGCCGAUGCAGGGAACACGGGUCCGUGCCCCGGUCCAGGAAGAUCCCACAUGCCGCGGAGUGGCUGGGCCCGUGAGCCAUGGCCGCUGAGCCUGCGCAUCCGGAGCCUGUGCUUCGCAACGGGAGAGGCCAGAACAGUGAGAGGCCCGAGUACCGCAAAAAAAAAAAAAAAAAAAAAAAAGUGAAUUUAGCCACAACUUAACCUGAGAAAUUGAUCUAGGUAUGUAUUUAUCACUUUGUCAGUGAUAAAUCUGAAUUGUUUCCGAUUUCAUACAGUAAAAACUGUUAACAGUAUGAUAAAGAUUUGAGAAUACAAGUCCUGUUUUUAAUCAAGAAAGUAUGUAUAUUUUAUUUAGCUAACCCCUUAAAGAGACUGACCAUUUAUAAACUACUUUAAUUGGUUAUUUUUUUACAUAAUCAAGUUUCACAUCUGUUAAAACACAAUUAGUGAAACGGAAAAGCUCUCAGUUAUCAAAAUAUAACGGAGGACUCGAUAAUUCAUACACUGAUAUAUUUAAAUGACAUUUCAGGGUAAAUAGCUAUUGGUCUAACAAAAAAUAUCUAAGGAUAACCAGAGGACCUACCUAAAACAUGUGAGGUUAAGAUAGCUAUUUCGUGGUCAGCCAGAAUACUUAAUUUUCAGUUCUAAGAUGAUAAAUACUACUACCUACAAUCUAAACUUUCUUAAAUCUUCCUAAAGUUAAUUGUUAAUGGGGAACACAAAGACUUUCAAGGUCAAAAUAAUGGAGGUGGUCAUAUUUAGCACUGGAAUGUGUUUAGGGACAUUUCAAAAUGGAGGUGUAUCUGCUUUUAUUUUCCAUCCCAUUUCCUCAUUCAAAAUCUGAUCAAGUUCAUUUGCCAUGAUUUAGAGUAUGACGAAGCACUUGGCUAUUUCCAGGGACAAGGGGGUAUGAAGGUACGGCUGAUCCAUGUUAUUCAAAGUAGUUGUGUUGUAUAAAGACACUGAGAAUACUCAAUUAGUGAAUCCUGAACCACUGUUCAUAGGGGUUUCCUGCGAGCCUCUGGUCACAAUAUUUUUGUUAACCAGUGAAUAUAUAACCUUGUUUACAAGUGUUUCUGUUUAAGACAUCUUAUUUAAUAUAUAUUGUUGAUUUAUUAACAUUAAAUUCACAGCCAAUAACAUCAUAACUCAUGCCAAUCCAUCACAGCCUUCUUGCAUUUAGGAACCUUAGGCAGCAGCACUUCACUACACUUGGGGGCCAUCUUAAACAGUGAAAUCACCAAUAAAAAGGACAAAAAUGCAAAAAACUUGGCAUUAAAUGGACCAUGAAAAGGAUGCUUAUUUACAGUAGGAAAACUGAAACAAGGCAGAGCAUAACUUUGUAGGUACCGGGUGACUCAUUUUCACACUUUGCAUGUCCACAACCAACCAGGAAAUCGCCGUGAUUGUUGACUUUGGAGGUAUGAACUUGAAAAUAAGGAAUCCGCUAAUAAUGAGGAUCAAUUGUAUUUUGGCUUACUAGCCUUUUAUUUCAGUCCUUUGGACUAGUCAAAAAAAAAUGUUUAUGAACAAGAGCUUUAAUUAAGGAAAAGAGAUAUUAUCAACUAAAAAGCAAAUUUUUCAGACGAAUAGAAGAUAUGCCCAAAGGCAAUCAAGCAUUAACUUUAAAAAGGAAAACUUCAUGUUGAAGGUACACUUUUGAGUGUUUAAUGCAAACACAGCAUACCUGUUUCUAAGAUACCACUUUACAAUAAUACUAAGGAGCACAGCAGACCACAUUUUUCUUUCAUAGUAAUGUUUUAUUUUCUCUAGGCUUACCUUUUUCAAGUAGAAGAAUCCAUAUUUCACUGAAAGCCGUUAGGCAAACCUACCAUUUUUCUUGGGUAAAAAAGUCAUCUUUUUUAUGAGGGCUCUAGAUCAUGGUAAUUGAUGCAAGUAUGAUGAUCUGUAAGAGAGCCUUCAUCUUUUAAUGGUAUUUUCUUACAAAAUGCUUGUGUAUUAUUAACAUUUAUUGACUGUUUACAAUGUGCUAGCGUUGAGCUUAGCAUUUCCCCCUUACCCAGUAGUAGUUACUAUUAAAGUACAUUUUACAAGUAAUGAAAUUGAAGUUCAGUGAGGUUAAGAUACUUGCCCAAAGCAACAUGCUGGCUGAGAAAACUGAUCUUUCUCAAACCCUAAGUUCUACGCUGUUAACCUCCACACUGUGGUACCUUUCACAAAUCUGAUAACCCAGGGAUGUUUUCCUUGGUGGUACUGAAAUGUGUGUCUCGUACUUGUCAUUACACUUCUACCUUGGGCCCUUUUUAUCCACGGGUCCUUUCAGAUAUAGACUUCUUUAAAAGGGAGGAAGAUAAUGGUUGAAUAUAGGACUAGGAAUAGGAGGUACAGGUUUCAAGUGAAACUUCUGCUAUAAUAGCCAGGCAACUUUGAGCAAGGUAUCUAUGCACUUAGGGCUCUGCUUCCUCAUCUGUUAAGAGGGGGAAAAAAAAAUAACAGCCAACUUAAAUUGUUAAGAUUUCUCCACUUUAUGGAUAGGAAAUUGAAAAACUAGAGCAAAUGCUUUCUGAAGUUGCACAGCUACUGAAACUAUAAGCCCUGAAUAUCUUCUCCAAUUUACUAGCUUCAUUUAUAAUUUGGUUCUCUAUAUAUUAGUCCUUAAUACAUGCCUAUUCACAGCCUUAAUGUUUAGAACUGGCAUACCAGAGCUUUAGUUUCCUUACUUAGCCUCUUUCCUUUUGCCUUCACUGGGCCUCUAGGUUGACAACAGAUGAGUCCUAUGCUACUUAAUAAACUUUAUAAACCUGCUUUGCUGGUGAUGAAAGUAGGCUGUAAUGGGUGGUCCUGAAGUCGAAUCUUUUCCCACCCUUAUUUUUAAGCAAAUUCUCUUGCCUUCAGCUGUUUUACAAAUGAUGGGAAUAUCUAUAGAAGCAUUUAACAAGUCAUACAGACCCAAACCAUUCAAGAAAUAAUUGAGAACAUGUAUGAAAAUGGAACACAAGCCCAUUUUCUGAUUCUAGAAGCUUGGUUAUAUAGUUUUCUCUGCUAUCCUUAAUUUCCUGUGCUCUAAAUCACAACAAACAGAAGCAAGAAGGGUAAAAGGCAGCUAGAUGUAAAAUGAGAAGUGGAAGAAACUGGAUAACUAGUAUCUUAACGCAGGAUAAAAACCUAAACAUGUUGGACCAUGCCACACUAAAAAGCUAUGUAGUAUUCGGCACACUGAAAAUUUAUUUUCUACCUUAAAAGAAAACCUUGUAUCAGAAGUAAUUUAAAUUAAUCCAGGCAGAAUGCUUCAUUUAAGAGUUAACCAAGCUUAAGUUUAAACACUUCAGGCUAAAAUAAUGAGUUCUACUGUUUCAGUGAGAAUUUAUAAGGCACCUUUCUGUUGUUAACAACCUAUAAAAGUUGUUUUGCAUUUCAGAAGUGUGUGAUGGGGUCAUUAUUUUGUUCAGCAUAAAUGAUCCCCCAAACGUUAAUUACAAUGAAAAUUUAGAAGUUGGCUCUAAAACUUAAAAGGCCAGAAUAUGGUAGAAAGAAAUCUAUAAAUCUGAGGUAAAGUAAAAAGCACUUACUUAGAAUGCUAGAAUAGGUUUUUGGUUAAAGAACCCUGGACUGAGAGUAACCCUGAGUACCAGGAAACUUAAAUGACUUAAGCUCUGCUUUUUGUUGCUGGCACUGCUGUUCAGUGUUGUGUAUCUGCUUAGAGCCAACUGUUGCUUUAGCAACAGGAUAUAGAAAGAGCUAUCCAGUGUUAACCUGUUAUUCCUGACCCAAUGACAAGGUCGUAGUCCAGUGUUAGGGUAUAAUCUGGAACAAGUUAACACUUGCUGUGACCUUAGUGCUGUUUCAGUUAAUGGAAUUUCAAGUAAAGUAUUUACGUAUUUUUCUUUACAACCUGAAAACAGCAAGGUGAAAAAUGAAGUUCAAAGAGGUUGAGGUAUGAGCUCCAGGGAACAAUUAAGCAUAGAUUAGUUCAUCUAGAAAAACUAUGGGAAAAUUUCUGUAAUGAAAAUAGUCUCUAACCUAGAAAAUGAGUAGCUACAUUUGACAAUCCAUCAAGUAAAAAGGGUACGAAACAUUCAGAAAAUAUCCCUGUGGUUUCACCCUAAUUUGAGAAACUGCUAACUAGUAUACUUAAUAGUGGGACUUUGAAAUUGAGAAUGUUAGUGAAAAAUAAUUCUGCCCUUCUUUUUUCUUUAGAUUGCAUACAAUAUAGCUGGAAAUGUCUGGGACAGAUAUAAAUAGAAAACAAACACCAUUUUAAUUCAGCAUACUCCUUAAGAGUACAUGGUUAAGUAUCACACAGGGUCUAACAUAUGAUUACACUCUAGUUAUAUUAUAUUGGAAAGGCCUUUAUGGGAUCACCUAGUCUAGGCCUCUCUAGUUGGAUGAAACGGAAUAUAGAAAAAGUUUGUACAACUAAGAUAGUAACUCCCAAUUCUGUGCUUCAGUACCCUGAAACAGUAAUAUAGAAGAUACAGAUGAAUCUGAAUCUAAAGUGACCCACUGAUAAACCAUUUUAAAAAACAAAAUUAGUAUUUUCAUUAUAUACACCUCCCUCAUCCAAUAAUUAGGGCUUUUCUGGACGAUUAGACCCUUGCUUGGAUUUCUGGAGUAAAUGAUUAUACCUUAAAACGUAUUAUUAGGUUGUCUCUUCUGUGGGUCAAAACUGGUCAGCUCCCAGCAAUUUCCUGUGGUUCAACAUAACUGACGUUUUCAACCAGCAGUUGAGUGCAGUUUCAAAUUACCACCACUUGCCAAAAGUUUUACUAUAGCAGAUUGCAAUUAUUGCUUUAUUGCAACAGUUCCCUGAAAUAAAACCCAAAUGCUGUCAUAGGUUAAUCAUGGGUUAUAAGUGAAUAUUAUCCAUUCAAGCAUCCUAGUAAAAAACUAAAAUUUUAAAAUAAGGGACCUGCAAAUUCACCAUAUCAGAUAUCCUUAUAAAGGGUACAGGGGAUCCAAGUUGUAAAUAGCAAAGAUAGGGAGACUGAGGCUUUACAAUGAACACCCUACUUGUUGCCUUUUGGAAUUUUGCCAAACCCAUAGAUCCAAUUCAAGUUCCUUGAAGCCUUAGAAAAUCUAAAUAUAAAAGUAAUUUUCCUUUAUUCAUUUCCAGUAACCGCCAAUCAUCUGCUUACGGCAUAAGCUCAUUGUAGGCACAGCCUAUAAGAAUAUUAACUAGUUGGUUUCAACCUGAAAAGAGUCGAUCUGUUUGCAGAGGACACAAAUGGUAGGUACUAUUUCCCAAUCUACCAGCAACAUUCAGUUAACAUACCAACUUUGCAGAGACCCUUCUGAGGUUAAACACUAGACUCAUAGCAAACAGUAGCUACAAAAAUACUUCCAAAGGUGAUGGAUCCCAGCCACAGAAGAACGGCUGACAUGAAUGGAGAUCCAGGACAAAUAGUAAAACACCAGCUUAGUGUUUUCCUGUUCUUUGGUUAUUUUGCUUGUCUGUAUAUACCUGGACUUGCUUUUUAAAGAAUAUUUACUUAAGCUACUACCUCCCUCAGCCUUGUCCUAAGCAACGUCUCAGUUUUCAUGAACUCACUGGUUUGAUACGCUGUUACCUCCACAUUAAAAUAGUUACUUAAAAUUAAUACUUUAAUGUAUCCCUAUUAUAAUUUUAACAGUGGUGACUGACCUGUCAACAGAAACCCAUACCAUUUUGUGAAAGUUUUAGGCCUGUGGAAGGCUUAAGAGUGAUGCCAAACCCAAGAAUCCUAGGCUUCCCAAGUCUUCAGGAAAAGACCAUUUUUACCCCCAUGUAAUCUCAGUUCUUAAUUCAUGAUUUAGUUCAGAUAUCAUACACGAUUUCAUAUAUGUAUGCUGAAACAAUACUUAAG